AUCAUGGCCGCCUCAAACGGCAUCACAUCCCACACAGCCGGCACGCCCAAUUGCUUGCCGGUGCCGAACCCGGCGGAUUGCUUCUGGCAGUCGGAUCCGACGGAGCUCCGCGACCACCGGACGUCGGAGCAGCUGCCGGAGUCGAGCGAGAUCCUCAUCAUCGGCGCGGGAUUCGCAGGGCUCAGCACCGCACACCACCUAGUUCGCGAUGCUGGCGUCUCAAAGUCCAUCUGCAUCCUCGAGGCCCGCGGCGUUUGCUCGGGCGCAACGGGGCGCAAUGGGGGGCAUUGCAGACCAGAUUUGUAUGGCCACAUUCCGACGUACAUGGAUCGAGCAGGGGCGCGUGCCGGUGCCGAGAUUGCCGAGUUUGAGAUUGCGAACCUGCGUGCCAUCAAGAAGAUCAUCGACGAGGAGAAGAUCAAUUGUGAUUUCACUCUGACCCGGUCGAUUGAUGUCUGGUGCAACGAGGAGUCGGCCAAGAAAGCGGAAGCUGUCUAUCAAAGGAUGGUUUCCGCAAACUUCGAGUAUAUGGACGAUGUUGCGUUUUAUACGGGCGACAAAGUAGAAGGCAUCUGCGGUGUCAAGGGCGCUGUUGCAUGCGCAAGCUUCACUGCCGGCACCAUGUGGCCCUACAAAUUCCUGAUGCACCUUACAAGAAAGCUCCUUGCUGCAGGCGUCAACCUCCAGACACAUACGCCAGUUACGUCCGUGAUUCCAGAUCCCGCAGGCGGUUUCAUCGUUGAAACGCCGCGUGGCAAGAUGCGAGCCGGAAAGGUCGUCCACGCCAGCAACGCCUAUGCCUCAGCGCUGCUCCCGGAAUACGGCAAGAACAUUAUCCCCUGCAAGGGCAUCUGCUGUCGCAUCGCCGUGCCAGAGGGAGCUACGGCGCCGUUGCUAAACAAUUCAUACAUUACCCGAACCCAGGAUAACACGCUUUCGUAUUUUGUCCCCCGGCCCGACGGUAGCAUUGUCGUGGGCGGCGCUGCUGCCGUGUUUCGGCCGUUCGAGGAACAGUGGUAUGACAAUGUGGACGACAGCGUGCUCAUCGAUUCGGCAAAGAGCUACUACGAGAACUACAUGCAGCGAACAUACCGUGGCUGGGAAAAGAGCGGUGCCGAAAUCACCAAUAUCUGGACCGGCGUCAUGGGCUAUUCAUACGACUCGAAUCCACAUAUCGGACCGGUUCCGAGCAAGGACGGGCAAUUCAUCCUGGCUGGUUUCAAUGGCCAUGGUAUGCCUGUCAUCUGGUUGGCAGCUAAAGAACUGGCCCAGAUGGUUUCCAAGGGGAUCCAAUUUGAGGAUACGAAACUGCCCCGCCUAUUCCAGACCAGCCAGUUCCGAAUUGAUCGGGCACAGAAUGGUAAAGAGGAGGAUGGCGAUAUCUUAGGCACUGGUAAUUUUGCUGCUACAAAGCCGUAGUAAAUGAAUAGAAGCCUGAAAAGGUGGCAACACCGAGCAUGAAUUAUCCCAGGACUUAGAGCACCCAAGUCCGUAAAGAAAGGGAGAAAUAGCCACCGAGGCAAUCCACCACACUGUAUCUAAUUGGUUGUCG